AUGAUUUGUCAAGCACUUCUCUUCCAAUGCAGCAAAUGUGUACCCUGUUCUCAUGCAUAUUGCAGAGUGUGUAUAUCACGCUUUAAAGAUUGUCCAUUAUGUGGUGCUGACAUUGAGAAGAUUGAAGAUGAUCCAAAUCUUCAGGGUGUUGUUGACCGCUUCAUUGAAGGUCAUGCAAGGAUCAAGAGGGCUCAAACUAAUACUGAGGAGGAAGCGGAAGGUGAGAAGAAAACAGUGAUAUAUGAAGAUGUGUCCCUUGAGCGAGGUUCUUUCUUGGUGCAGCAAGCCAUGAGGGCACUUCGUGCCAAUAACAUAGAGAGUGCAAAAUCAAGGCUUAGUGUAUGCGUGGAAGAUGUUAAAGAAGAAUUGGAAAGGAUGGGGCACACUCCUGAAUUGUGCUCGCAGCUGGGCGCUGUUCUGGGUAUGCUUGGUGAUUGCUGUCGAGCAACCGCGGAUUCUAGUUCUGCAAUUGCUUACUUUGAGGAGAGCGUCAAUUUUCUUAUGAAAGUACCCAAGGAUGAUCUGGAGAUAACACAUACCCUUUCAGUUUCACUAAAUAAAAUUGGAGAUUUAAAAUAUUAUGAUGGGGAUUUGCAAUCUGCAAGGUCAUAUUAUUCUCAGGCUUUGGAUGUUCGCCGUGAUGCAAUCAAGCAUCAUUCAUCUGUUCCAUCUCAGAUUUUAGAUAUAGCUACAUCCCUUGCAAAAGUUGCUGACGUGGAUAGAAAUCUUGCAAACGAGGAUGCAGCAGUUAGCGGAUUCGAGGAGGCCAUUAAAAUGUUGGAAUCUUUAACUAUAGAUGAUCAAGAAGUUGGCCUUGAACAACGGCGUCAAUCAGUGCUCAAGUUCGUCAACAGUCAACUUGUGAAAUAA